AUGACCAACUAUAAGUUUUCCAUCACCAGUUUACAGCAGGACAAGAUUAGAUUCUUCAACAGAUACUUCAAGGAUCCCCCCCAUUACAACCAGUUGCUUGCCGGACGAGGCACUUCCGCCGCUUCUGCACCACCUGAACCACCACAGGUCCUGAGCGGCGACAACAGCAACGGCGAUGACGACAGCGGUGACAUCAACAGCAGAGAUGGCAACACCGAAGGCCGUGGCGAAAUUUCAACCUCAGAGAUUUUUCCCCGGACCAAAACUACCGCCCUCUCGUUUUUUUCUGAGAACAUGCGCGACGACAGUCGAACGAGGGUCUUUUCGGCGCUCAAGUUUUUGAGGGAUCGACUGCGUCACAAUGCCCGCUUGGAGGACAGGAACUUCACUUUCAGGAUCGUGCGCGGUGGACUCCUCUCAGGGAUCUCGCCCAUGACAUGGUUGCGGAUAUGCCAACUCUCACUGUAUUUCGUCACGUCAGACAACGGUGGACCCGGGGGUAGCCACCAGAGAGCACUAUGUUCGGUAUGGCAGAUUGACAUUGAGGCCACGGAGAGACUUCAUGGGAAGGUCGUGGAUAAGGAGACGGAACUUCGGGAGGAGGCAGCCAAAGCACGUCGGUCAAGUCAGACGUAUGUGGUGGCACAUCAAGGAACAUCGCAGUCUUCGGGAACGUCCUCUACCCACCGUGGACAACCCUUCGGUGACGAAGAUGAUGAGGAUUGCGACAGUCAGAUGGAGUAUGACCCCAACAAUGUCCUUGACGAUGUUUCAACGAACAACAGUAGCAGUUUAGCCUUCAAUUGGCAAUCGUCCAUGAUCCAUGAUAUGACUCCAGCGGAAUUCCUUGUCAGCGAGUCCGAUUGUGAUGAUGCUUCUAGUCAUGCGUCUACUCCGCUCUUGUCGCUGUCGCUGCCACCGCUGCGUGCUUUUUCUGUCGAGAAGUUGGUUGGUUCCAGUGAUUUCUAUUCGCGAGGACCAUACAACAAAAAACUUCAACAGCGCUAUCACCAGCAGCGGCCCAAAAUCUCGACCCUGGACACCAUAAAUACAUCGAUCUCGGAAAUGGAUGCGAAGUUGGAACAGAUGGCAAAGAAGUUUGCAGGUACCAUCAGUGGGAUCAAUGCACGGCUGGACGAGUUGUCAAAGGGUUUGAUGGGCGAGAACGGUGUUUCGUUGAGGUCGCUACAAUACAGCACCCAGAAGGAUCUUGAGAAAUUGGAGAAGAAGGUGGAUGCGAUUAUGGAGUGUUGUUUGACAUCAUCGCGCAGGAUAUCACCAGGAUCAGACGUUGGCUCUCACGAGUACCGUUACAAUUUUCGCCCUCAGUAUCGUCCACCAUAA